GUUCCCCUCCCCCGCACCUCUCUCCCCCAAAGCAAAAAUGGCCGUUCCCCCCAAGUUCGCUGACGUCGGCAAGAUCUACCGCGAUCUCCUCGACAAGGACUUCCCCAAGCACGGCCUCAAGGUCGAGGCCAACGUCAACGCUGAGCCCCUCACCGUCACCGCCACCGGCACCCACACCGACGGCAAGAUCGUCGCCGCCGACCUGAAGUUCAAGUACACCGACAAGGCCAAGGGCAUCACCUUCACCAACCUCGUCAACACCAGCUCCGACCUCAAGAGCACCUUCGAGGCCAAGAACUUCCUCGUCAAGGGCGCCACCUUCGAGCUGGAGGGUCUCUUCAACCCCAACAAGAACUGCCGCAACCUCAAGCUCGUCACCGGCUUCUCCCAGGCCCACAUCAACACCGACCUGACCGUCGCCCUGGCCCACGCCGACAAGUGCACCUCCAACGUCACCCUCAACGCCGUCACCAACUACGACCGCGUGCUGCUCGGUGUCUCCGCCAAUGUCGACCUGUCCGACAAGAAGUUCAACCUCAACAAGCUGAACACCGCCGGUUCCUUCCUCGGCAACGGCUACGAGGUCUCCGUCGGCACUGAGGCCGCCGGCUGCGCCGUCCCCAAGAACCUGUCCGUCUCCUUCGUCAAGGACGUCGUCCCCCGCGAGCUGACCAUCGGUUCUUCCGCCAAGUACACCUUCGACAAGAAGGAGGUCAAGCUGGACCUCGCCUCGCGCAUUGCCCUCAGCCCCAACGCCUACCUCAAGGCCAAGGUCGACUCCACCGGUGUCGCUGGUGUUGUCUACUCUCAGCUCAUCCGCCCGGAGGUCCGCAUGACCGUCGGCGGUACCGUCAACAAGACCCUGGCCGACAGCCGCGUCGGUGUCACCUUCGUCUACAACUAAGCGCGUCUUCCUGCUGCUGCUGCUGCUGCUGCUGCUGCUGCUGCUGCCUCGCUUGCUGCCUCGCCCGUGUGGGGGAUCGGCGGCCGGCGCGGGGCAAGAGGGGGGUGUGUGCGCGCGCGCGUGCCCGCUCGCUGAACGCGCACCUCUCCUCCCCCCGCCGCGGUGUGGGCCUCUCGCCCCGGGUGCUUUUCUCUUGCGCGCACGCGCACUCUCCCCCCUCCCAGCUAUAAAAACAGGGGCAGGCCGGCUCAGUGCCUCCCUCUCUCUCGCGCCGGCCUUCCGCUUUUCUUUUUGCUGCGCGCGCGUGUGUGUGUGCGUGUAUCUGCGCGCCCGCGCAUAUACGCACACGGCCUUGUUCUCUUUCUUUCUCCACUUCUAGUUUUAGUCCAAUACAGCUAUUCUGGGA